AUGUCUCUCACAUCGGAGGGUUCACGUAUGGAAAUGGCCGAUACACCUUUAGCCACAACUCAUAGGCUCAAAAAAAAUAAUGGAUUAUCAGACCCAUCUGAAUGUUUAGUAGAGGAAGUUCAUGAAGAUAGUACUGAGAAUAUUUUUGAAAAAUGCCGCUCCAUUGAGCAUCAGAAUGACUCUGAGGAUAUAAUUGAGGGGUCAGAAAGUGAUAUUAAACAUAGUUUAGACCUUGAGCUUGGCACCAACUUCAAUAGAUACUCCGCUCGUCGUAAGCAACUGCUGGUAUUAAUAUCUGCUUUGGCAUGUUUUCUUUCACCUAUGUCUACGAUAGCAGUGCUUCCUGCUGUAUCAACUAUUUCUGCGCAGUUUCACACGACUGGUAAUGUGAUCAACAUUUCCAAUGCUGUUUAUUGUGUAGUUAUGGCUAUGUCCCCAUGUUUUGCUCAACCCAUAAGUGACUUCUAUGGUCGGCGAGUUGUUUUUCUCAUUUGUUUGGUAUUUUUUUCUGUGUCGUCUGUACUUGUGGGCUUAUCAGUAAACUUAGAAAUGUUUUUUGUUUUCAGAGCACUCAUGGGUUUAUUUGGUACAGCCUUCUAUAGCGUGGGUGCUCAAAUUAUUGGGGAUAUUUAUGAGCCUAAAGAAAGAGGGAAUGCCAUGGGCUGGAUUCUUACAGGAUCCCAAGUUGGACCCUCACUGGGGCCAGUUCUGGGUGGUGCAAUCAUUUCGGCUGGUGGCACAUAUUGGAGAGUUAUAUUUUAUAUGCUGGCAGGUUUGGGUGCUAUAAAUCUCGUUAUGGCAGCGGUAUUUUUGCCUGAAACGAGUGUGGAGACUAGGAUGCAAGCAGUUAUUAGAGAGUCAGGUACAGACAGGAAGUUUCUUAAUAUAUUCAAAUAUGGCUCAUUCAACCCCUGGUCUGUGGUUGUCUCCCUUACUUAUCCAUCGUUAUCACUGGCAGGUGUCGUUGCAGUUGGCCUCUCUUUUAGCAUGUAUGUCAUGCUGACACCAAUUCGAUACGUCGUCGACCCACGGUUCAACCUCACCUCACCCAUAUACGGAUCUCUCUUCUAUCUGGCCCCAGGCAGUGGUUAUCUCUUCGGUACUUUUUUUGGAGGUAAGCUGUCUGACGCUUUUGUCAAAAAGUGGAUCAAGAAGCGAAAUGGGCGUAGGAUCCCUGAAGAUCGACUUCGCGCUGUUAUUAUUCCUCUGGGAUUUGUUUAUCCGAUCUCAAAUCUCAUAUAUGGAUGGACUUUAGAAACAGAGAAAGGUGGCAUGGUUGUCCCUAUAAUAUUUAUGUUUAUUGGCGGUGUUGCGCAAACGUGCACGUUUCCGGCACUGAACACCUAUUGCGUGGAUUCAAUGCCUCAAUUGAAGGGAACGGCAGUUGGAGGCAACUAUUUUAUCAGAUUCAUCGCCUCAGCGGUUGCCUCGGCUGUGGCACUUGUAUGCAUUCAAAACAUUGGUGUUGGUUGGACAAGUACUAUAUGUUCUUUUGGCCUUUGGCUUGCAUUUGCAUCUGUUUUGAUCCUUGUUAAGUAUGGUGAAAAGCUCAGAGAAAAGUAUUCUUGA